AUGACCAAACAAACUUAAAUUUUAAGUGAACAUAAGGGUGAUGUAUGCACUCUAAACUUCAUGAAGAAAUCAAAUUAGUUUAUAUCUGGAAGUUCUGAUUUUAUCAUUAUUUGGUAAUAAAAUUAAAAUAAUUAAUGGAUUUCCUAAAACAAAUUAAAUGGACAUACUAAUAAUAUCUUAUGUCUAAUAUUAAAUAACAAUGAAGAUUUAAUUGUAUCAGGAAGUAGUGAUAUUACAAUUAAAAUUUGGAUGAAAAAGAAUGAAUGGUAGUGUUAGUAAACAAUUAAAGAUCAUUCUCAUUGGGUAUAGAGUUUGAGUUUCAAUUUAUAGUAAAAUAGAGUUGUAUCUUGUGGUUAUGAUAAAUUAAUAUUAAUAAUGGAACAAUAAGGACAGAAUAAAGAAUGGAUUGUAAUAUAAAAGAUUACAGUUGAAUAAAUUGCAUUUCGAGUAUGCUUUAUUGAUAAUAAUAUGUUCACAUUAUCAGAACAUGGCAAAGAAUAGAUAUCUAUUUUUGAGAUGAAUAGUAUAAAUCAAUAGUUUACAAAGACUACAGAUAUUCAUGUACAAUGUGGAUCAGAUCUGCAUUGUUUAUUUGCUUAAUAAUAUAUAAAUUAAAAAUGUAUCCUUGUGAGUAAGAAUGGCGAAUAUGUCAAUUUGAUAAGGAAAACAUUAAAUGGACAGUUUGUAACUCAAUAAUCUAUUCAUUUUAAUACAAAUAAAUUAUUUGGAGGAAUGAGUGAUAAUGGAGAGUAUUUGAUCACUUGGGAUGAUAAAUCAAAAUAAAUAUAAAUCAGAGGAUAUUAAGAAUUAUGA